AUGAGCACCGCCGCCCCCAGCACUGUCACGCGCAGCCUUGCAGACGAGGAAACGCCUCUUCUCGGCCGAAAUGGCGCCGACGGCGGAAAGUCGGAUGCACACGCCACGCUGCACCGCAUGAGGCGCUACAUGCAGACCAACGUCAACAGAAACUGGGCCGAUGUAGUCUUGAUCCUGUGUUACAUGAUUACAGGCCUGCUGGAUAGCUCGGCUGUCUUCAUCUGGGGCUCGUUUGUGAGCAUGCAAACAGGAAACACCGUCUACCUAGGCCUAGGCAUCGUCGCUCCCUCUGAGGGCAUCCGCUGGAUCAAAGCCGGCAUCUCAAUCGCCGCAUUCUGCGCUGGUUCCUUUUGCUUUGCCCGCUUCCAUCGCUACUUCUCCCCUGCAAAGCGCUGGGUACUAAUUGUCUCGUACUCGUUCCAAAUGCUGCUUAUCGUCUUCGCAGCGAUUGUUACUACGGUUGGCAAGAACACGGGUGAAGGUCUGCACUGGCAGGUCUUGCUGCCGCUUGCUUCGGUGGCGUUUCAGUCGAGUGGGCAGGCGGUUACGUCGCGCGCCCUCAAGUAUAAUGGACUGACUAGUGUUGUGCUGACGAGUAACUACUGCGACUUGUUUUCUGAUCCCGAGCUGUUCAAGAUGUCCAAUGUAGAGCGUAAUAGGAGACUUGGUGCGCCGCUUGCUUUGGUCAUUGGAGCUUGCAUGGGUGGCCUGUUUGCGCAUAGCAGUGUAGGUCUCGCGGGCUCCCUGUGGACUGCGGCGGGACUGAAGCUCAUGGCUGUUUUUGCCUGGGCGUUGUGGAAGUCGGAGAAGAUUGAGGAGUAG